CUCCAUCGCCUCCAAGUGGAUACCUAAACUGUGUUACCCUAUCUUCAUAGUUUCUCUUUUCUCUUAAGCAUUCCCAAAAACACCAUGUCGACGACCGCCGAAGCUUCCACGAUGCAAACCAAUGACGAACUCAAAAGGGUGUUCAACCAAUUCGACGCCAACAAGGACGGAUACAUCUCCGUAACGGAGCUCCGCGACGUGUUGAUAGCAAUGGGGUCCAACUAUUCGGAGGAGGAGAUCAGGCGCGUCAUGGACGACAUCGACAACGACAAAGAUGGAUACAUCAACUUCCCCGAAUUCUCCUCCUUCUGGACCUCGUCUUCCGACGCCGGAACCGCCGCUUCCGAGCUGAAAGAGGCCUUCGAUAUGUACGAUGUGAAUAAGAACGGCCUGAUCUCGGCCACGGAGCUGCAUCAGGUUCUGAACCGCCUGGGGAUGACGUUUUCGGUGGAAGAUUGUGUUGGGAUGAUCAAGUCCGUUGAUUCGGAUGCCGAUGGUCACGUCAAUUUCGAGGAGUUUAAGAAGAUGAUGAGUGCCUCGUCGGCGUCCAGCAUGGCGGCGGAUCUAAGCCGUAGGAUUCAAAGGUAGCGUUUCUAGAGAUUUUCUCAGCUUAUUUUCAGAUAUUUAAAUUCUUCAUCUUAUGUAAUUUUCGGAACUUGACUUUCUGCUGGGUUCUCAGCUUUAUCGAAUUAAAU